UGUUUUCGCGGCUUCGUUCGCGUUGGUGCGAGCGACGGGACGAAGGUCAAUUCGCUCGCUGCUGGCGCGCUUAGCUACAGCGUUUUAACAGCAAGUUUGCGCGGUCAUCGAGUGAGGUGUUCAUGUUUGCUUGUGCGCGCGUGACACCAUGCUUGUUAAUUUAGUUAGUAUGCCUUAAAGCUUCUAUUCUUACUUCGUGUAGUUGUGCACUAAUUUGCUAUCGCGAUCGAACUUCGCCUUUCUGGCGAAACUGCGAUCUUUUAUUUACGUCUGCCCUGCUACUGGACUUCUACCCAAAGAUGCAGCAAAAAUGGUCAAACGCCUGAAGCAAUUGACAAAGCAAAAGGAGAAUGAUGAAAUUGUUCCAUGCAAAAAGGUGGACAUAGGCGGAGGUGUCCUCGUUGAAGAAGGGAUAAUAAACCAACUCACCACGUCCUGCCAUGGUGGGCCAGGAAAAUUUGCUAGGACCCUUCUGCGUCAUGUUUUUGAGGAAAGUGAGAUGAAGGGGCGCUCGUUGUUUGGGGCAAAAGGCAGCCAUGGCCAGAAGGAGGGCCUUGAUCCGGUUAUACAUGCAGCAAACAUCCGGGGGUCGACCUAUCCUAUGUUAAAAACAGCUUGGCAUCAUUCCUGGCCAGAGAUAUCAAUGGGUGAUACUGGAUCAGGCAGCUCACAUUCGAUGGCACUCUCCAUCAAGUUUGAUUUUUUUGGUUGUUUUAGUGUGACAGCUGCUGUAUAGACUGUUGUUCGACAAAAUUUUUUUUCCUGCUGUAAUUCGCAGAAAAGUAUUUCGUCAUGAACAGAACUAUAUUAUGGAAUAAAUUUCAAGUUGAAUGAGCGUUCGUGUGUAUUCUUAUCUUAAUUCAGCGUUCGCAUCUCUGUUUGAGCUGCGGUUUGUCAAGUCUGUACAUACACCAAAUUGCCAAAGUGCUCGUAAAAUUGUGACACAUAAGGUUUUUUGCAUUGUUUAUUCUUGCAAAAAGGCUGUAGGUUUCCAUCUUCUGUUUUUUAACAUUGAUGUACAUUUUUGUAGUUCAAGUUCAAGCACUUAGGUAGCCAAUAAGAGUGAUAACUUUAUUUGUUCGUAAAAUUUAGCAAUUUUAUCCAUCAUCAUCAUCACCCACUAAGUUCUACUUUUUCAGUUCUCAUGACACUUUCUGCUGUGCUGUAAAGGGACAGGAAGCUUUUUUUAUGAUGUAUGUGCAGGUAGUGUUGUAUAUCUUCCCGGAAAAAUUGAUGCGAGUUUAACUAGGCAUGUGUAUGCUUUUGUUAGAUUUUCAGCAUGUGUGCUGUAGCUCUGCUCCCUUACACUUAAUAGCGCUGUAGGCACUAGCCUAUGUCUUAAAGGUUUCAUACAGUUGUGUCUUAUACACUGUAAUAAUGUGUCAUGUGCACGCUAUAAUGCAUAUUAGGGCACGUGAAAUAUGUCAGCCGCUCCUUUGCUUCCAUUCGGAUUAGGGAAAGUUAAUGUGAAGAGGCACCGGGGCAUGCAAGUGCAAAUAGCAAAGCAAUUCCAAAAUUAGGUGCACCAAACUGCCACUAGCCCAACAAAAUAUCAAUGAUAUUUCAAUGGCAAUUUUCGAAUUACCAAUGCCAUCUCAACAGGUGCACAAUGUACUUUCCAAUGCUGUGUCAAUAAUCACUCAACAACUGGUCAACAGAACUAUCACAACAGCAUUUCAAGACUGCAUCAAUAGUAACCCAACAGAAAUUCAACAAAAAUUACACAAUGAUAUGUCUAAGCACAAUGUAUCUUCAAUACUAACUCAACAACCAUUCAACAUUGACUUGCGUAAUUGUGUUUCAAUAAAAUUUCAGUGGCCAAUAUUCAAGAGCCCUCAACACUUUCGUCAAUGAUAUCCCAACAAACUCCCAACAAAUGCUCAAUACGAGAUUCAACAUUGCCCAAUGGUAUUUCAACGCAUUCUCAAUAAAAAUUUUUGUAA